GCCACUUGCUGGCUGCGUGAAGCUGGACAGGUCAGCUGUCUCCUCCUCUGUGACUCCAGGAGAAUAAUGUGCUGGCCUGGGCGGGGGAUAGUGGGGCUAAAUGAGGGAAGAUGCGAAAAAGCCCCUAGGAAGGGACCUGUGUCUGGGGUACACCAUGUCAUGGCUGUACCAUGUCCUUAGCCUCACAUAGGUGCCCAUGAAGUUGAGACCCCACUCAGUAUCCUCAGGCUGGGGGCCUGAGUUUUGAAGCUGGAUGGACCCAGCUUUGGUUGCCAGCCGUCUGCUAGCUUUGUGACUGUGAUUUCGGUAUCCUGUCUGUGAAGUGGGCUCGGUGACGUCUCCGGCCCGAGUAGCUGUGGAAUGAGAGGAGGCUGCACCUGGAAGUCCCUCAGCUUUGUUCCAGGGCCACAGUCUGGGCCUGAUGAUCGCUUAUGCUAACCUCACUCUAGCCCAGAGGCCUCCCUCCCAUGGAUCCCCAGAAAGCGGGUACACCAUGAUGUGGUCAGAUUUUAGACGCUGAAGUGUUCACAACUGUGCUGACAACCUGAUUUUCUCAACUUACAACGUCAAGGAGUUCUUUGUAGUACUCUGUUCUCUCCCGCUGUCCUCCGGGUGACUUACUUCCACACUCUUUCUGUCUGCCAGCAGGACCUGCAGUGAGUGAAUGACCUGACGCUCAUGCUGCACACUCAGAAAUCCUGUUCUGUUUCAGGGCUGCAGUCUCUUCUGCCAUGGAGGGAAGCAGACAGAUGCGAGUGUCUCGGCCGUACAAGAUCAGUGAAUCAUCAAAGGUGUACCGCUGGGCCGACCACCCCACCACGGUGCUGCAGCGGCUGAACGAGCAGCGGCUGCGCGGCCUCUUCUGUGAUGUGGUGUUGGUGGCUGAGGAGCAGCGCGUGCCCGCGCACCGCAACCUGCUGGCCGUGUGCAGUGACUACUUCAACUCCAUGUUCACACUGGGCAUGCGCGAGGCCUUCGAGAAGGAGGUGGCACUGGUGGGCGCCUCGCCCAUCGGGCUCAAGGCCGUGGUGGACUUCCUGUACGGCGGCGAGCUGGCGCUGGACGGCGGGAACAUCGACCACGUGCUGGAGACAGCGCACCUGCUGCAGAUCUGGACGGCGGUGGACUUCUGCUGCGAGUACCUGGAGCAGGAGGUGAGCGAGGACAACUACCUGUACCUGCAGGAACUGGCCUCCAUCUACAGCCUCAAGCGACUCGACGCCUUCAUCGACAGCUUCGUGCUGAGCCGCUUCGGCACGCUGUCCUUCAUGCCGGCCUUCCUGCAGAGCGUGUCCAUGCAGAAGCUGUGCCUGUACCUGAGCAGCAGCCAGGUGCAGCGCGAGUGCGAGCACGACCUGCUGCAGGCGGCCCUGCAGUGGCUGACGCAGCAGCCGGAGCGCGAGGAGCACGCCCGCCGCGUGCUGGAGAACAUCCGCUUCCCGCUCAUCCCCAAGGGCGACCUGCUGCACCGCGUCAAGCCGGCCGUGUGCGCGCUGCUGCCCCGUGAGGCCGGCUGCGAGGACUUCAUCGAGGAGGCCGUGCGCUACCACAACAACCUGGCGGCGCAGCCUGUGCUGCAGACGGCGCGCACCGCGCUGCGCACGGACGGCGAGCGCCUGCUGUUCGUGGGCGGCGAGGUCUCUGAGCGGUGUCUGGAGCUCAGCGACGACACCUGCUACCUGGACACCAAGAGUGAGCAGUGGGUCAAGGAGACGCCGCUGCCGGCCCGUCGGAGCCACCACUGCGUCGCCGUGCUGGGCGGCUUCAUCUUCAUCGCAGGUGGCAGCUUCUCGCGGGACAAUGGAGGGGACGCGGCCUCCAACCUGCUUUAUAGGUAUGACCCCCGCUGUAAACAGUGGAUCAAGGUGGCCUCCAUGAACCAGCGCCGCGUGGACUUCUACCUGGCCUCCAUCGAAGACACGCUGGUGGCCGUCGGCGGCCGGAACGAAAACGGAGCACUGUCCUCUGUGGAGACCUACAGCCCCCAGACGGACUCCUGGUCCUACGUGGCUGGCCUGCCGAGGUUCACCUAUGGCCAUGCAGGCACCAUCUACAAAGACUUCGUGUACAUCUCAGGAGGCCAUGACUAUCAGAUCGGCCCUUACCGCAAGAACCUGCUGUGCUAUGACCACCGCACGGACGUGUGGGAGGAACGGCGGCCCAUGACCACGGCGCGCGGCUGGCACAGCAUGUGCAGCCUGGGCGACAGCAUCUACUCCAUCGGCGGCAGCGACGACAACGUGGAGUCCAUGGAGCGCUUCGAUGUGCUGGGCGUGGAGGCGUACAGCCCGCAGUGCAACCAGUGGACGCGCGUGGCGCCCCUGCUGCACGCCAACAGCGAGUCGGGUGUGGCCGUGUGGCAGGGCCGCAUCUACAUCCUCGGCGGCUACAGCUGGGAGAGCACAGCCUUCUCCAAGACCGUGCAGGUGUACGACCGUGAGGCCGACAAGUGGAGCCGCGGGCCCGACCUGCCCAAGGCCAUCGCGGGGGUGUCCGCCUGCGUGUGUGCCCUCAAGCCUCGGCUGGAAGACAAGAAGAAGAAGGGCAAGGGCAAGCGGCCCCAGGACCGUGGCCAGUGACCCUGCCACCUCCUGGCACCCCGCAGCCACCCCACCCCGUGUCUCCUGAGAGCCCUGGUCAGGCCGUGUGCUCCUUAACCGCAGCUUUCUACUUUUAUAACUUUCGCUAUUUCUAUGAUAUCGCAGCCGCCAGUUAUGUAGACUUUACGUAGCAUCCUGCUUGAAUAAUCACCCCGGGGCCCAGGCAGUGUGCACUGUUCCCCCUGACGGACCACCUUCCACUGGGGCAGGCACACGGGGGGCUCCUGGCCUCCCCGGAAUAGUGCACACCUGAGGAACACAGCAGUGUUUGUAGUGAAACUUGGGGCCUUGAAGGACAUCACAUUCAGGGCUUCCAUCUUUGAAAAGUAUAGAUUCCUGGGUCCCACCUCAGAACUGUCAAAUCUAAAACCACCAGGGAAGAAGCCAGGCAUGGUGGGAGGCUGGGAGGCUGAGACAGGAGAAUCACCACAAGUUGAGGCCAGCCUGGGCUACACAGUGAGUUCGUAGCUAGCCUGCAUUACACAGUGGACCCUGUCUCAAAACACUUAGAUAAAUAAAAUUACUGGGGAAGCCCCAAGACUAUUUUCACCAGUUCCUUGAGCUCGGAGCACCGGCCCUGUUCGGGAGUCACCAAGAAGGCUGUGGAUGGAGACGCAGACCCCAUGGACAGUUGGGUGAGGCGUGAGGACCUCUCCAGGAGCCGCGCCUGUUGUUUCUGAACAACCAUUUCUCCUGCCUGGGAAUCUGUAGAUUCUAAAAGAUUCCAGGUCACCAAGGAAGGAAAGAAGAAAUGACACAAAGCUCUAACAUUAUUCUGUAAUUUGUGCUUGCUUUUCCGCUGCCCUAAACUUACUGGCUCUCCUGCCAAUGGAGUGAGCUCCCCAAAUCUACUUUUCUUUUCUUUUCUUUUUUUUUUUUGAUACCAGGAAACAAAACUCAGGACCUUGCACUUGCCAGGCAGGUGCUGUACCGCUGAGCUUCGUCCCCGGCCCCCACAUUUAUUUCUCAGGAAUGGAAGAGUGAACAUGUGUCAUUUCCUCUGGCUGCAGGGCGGGGCUGGAGCCCUCGGGGAGGCCAGUGUGUCCUGGCCCUGGACCUGCUGCUGAGCACUUCUGCCACGCAGGGCAGACUCCUCGGUGAGCGUGACUCUGUCUGUCAUUCCCGAGUGGCAGGGUCAGGUGAGCUGACUGCCAGGCUCCUGCAGGUGACACCUGUCCUUCCGCCUCAGCCAUGGACACACGUCCGGCUCCGUUGCAGAUCUGCGGCUGCACCGCUUCCAGAACAGGCCUUGCCGCGGACCACCUCUGCUGACCACCCUUGGACUGUGGCGGCUGCGGGCCCACUGGGCGCAACGUGAGAGCUUGGAUGUGUGUGGCAGGGCUGAGUCCUGAGCCCAGGGUGUCGCCGGCAACCUGUCCUUCAGUAGAGAACUGACUGCGAGGUGAGGCAUCGAGAGUCAUUGUGAGCCCCCGAAGAAGCAAAACCGCUUCAUUCCCCUGCUGCUGUCUGUGCCAGCUCCUCCCGGCGAGGCUGCCUUGCUUGGGAUCGGCUGCGGUAUCAGCCAGGAGAGGCACGGGCCGCUUGGGAGCCACCCGCCUCAGUCCCUCGUCAUCUGGCAAGCAAGGUGCCUGUUUAGUGAUCGGCGUGUGGCAGUCCCAGAGUGGGGCGGUUCUGAGAGGCACCCACACCGACUGGAGGGCUCUCGGCCCCGUGCCGAGCCCUGCGGCCUGGGUGUGUUAAAGGCUCUGAGAAGGCCUGCAUUCACUGCUCACUGCCUAGUUAGCUUUUGUGAAGCGCUCUGAGCCUGGUGCCCUUCAUUUCAUUCGUAGUCCCAGACCUCCGUGAAGAGUGUUGGGGAAAAGUUUGACUGCCUGAGGGCCGGCAGAGGGCACAGUGUGGAGGGCCUGCUGUCUUUGCCAGGCUUGGCUCAGCCCUCGCAUGGAAUCUUACGGCAGCCGGUGCACACAGGGUGGCCUUGACCCCGGAGCCCCUGAGGUUUAGCUUAAGCCAGUUCUCCCCAUUUUUGCUGCUGGGGCUUGCCGAGGACAGGGCUUGCCUGGGACAGCUCUGGCCUUGCUCCUGAUUUUCUGGUGCCUCGUGGGACCCAUGCAGCAUCCUGCUCCUGUACUUCGUGGAGUCUCUCCUGGCACUGUUGGCGCAGUUUGCCGUUCAGGUGUAGAACCUAGUGGCGUUGAGGCUGAGAGUGUCCCUGUAGGGAGAGGAUGGACAUGUGCGUGGCAGCUCGUGGGCUGGUGACAGCUGGAAGGUUUCCAAGCCUGGGGGACUACCUGGGUCAGCUCUGUUCCCUGGGCUUUGAAGCUGGGAAUUCACUGUCCUGUGUGAUCCAGCUGGGUGGAAGGGUGGGCAGAGUGGUGGGCUGGGCAGAAGUCGGUGGCCUUGGGAAACAUGCAUUUGGGCCACCGUGGCAGCAAACCACUGUCAGCAAAACACCACGUCUGCCAUUGCAUUAAGCUGUCCGUAAUCCCAGCACUCAGGAGGCUGAGGCAGGAGAUCGCUGCAAGUUGGAGGCCAGUCUGGGCUCUGUAAUGAGUUCAAGGCCAGCCUGAACUACACACCGAAAUCCUAUCUCAAACUCCCUGCACACAAAAGACAUAAACUGUCUGUGCUCUGCGCUUUGUGGAGCUUUGAGAAAGCCUGGAUUGUUUUUCCUUGACGUUUCAAAAUCAGAAUGGCUUUUAUUCAGGUUUGGAUUUUUCUUAUUAACAGAAUUAGAGGGCUGGGGAUGUGCCUCGGUGGUAGAAUGCUUGCCUAGCAUACAUGAGGCCCUGAGUUCAACCCCCGGUACCACCAAGAAAUAAAUAAAUAAAUAAUAAAAGACUUAGUUACAGCUUUGUGUUAGCGUAGGUCUGGCCCUCAUCUAAGUUGGGACCCUGUUGGCAUAAGACACGUGUGACACCAAAAGGAGCAGAGACUGGGAAGCUGACGAGUGCUCAUUAUCUGCAGGGGUCUUUCUGCUGAAAUGUACAUCGAUUGGCCAGAUGUGGUAGCAUGUACCCAAAGUCCAAGCUACUUAGGAGGCUGAGGCAGGAAAAUCUGCUUGAGCCCAGGAGUUUGGGGUCAGCCUGGGCAGCAUAGCAGGAACCAUCGCCCCGAAGAGAUUCUGUGUAUAAAAUCAGGGCGACCCUAUUGUGCUUAGCCCUCAGCUAGCCAGCCUAACACUCUGCUGUUGUAUUGAGUCUCCCAGCAGGACUCUCACACCCCCGACUGGGGCGAGAACAGGUGUGUAUUUUCUGAAUGCCCCGCCGCUUCCCUCGAGCUGUCCAGUGGCUCAGGGGACUCUGGAAGUUAACUCUGAGUUUGGCAGUGGGAAGGCAAACGCCAAAGGCCAGUGCGUCCAUCCUCUGAGGCCAUGACCGUGGUCGUAGCUUGGGGGAAUUACCCCGUGGCUCCAGGUACCUGGCCCCUUAGCCAAGAGGGAUCUUCCGGUGAUGAGCAGCUGCAACCCAGGCUGCCCGGUGUCUCUUGGAUACUGUUCUCUGAGGGGUAGUGGCUGGCAUCUGGCCCCAGCCUAAUCUUCUGCAGCUUACGUGGGACAGCUGCACGGGCGCCUGGACACCUAACCCUGCAUCUGCCAAACCUGGCUGUUUUUAGAGUUUUUUGAACUGUUUUGAUACUUUUUGAUACAAUUUGCUAACCACCAUUUUGUAGCCCACCUGCCAGAGCCUCUACCCCUUGGCACCCCCUGAGUUUGUCUGGGUGAGCAGUGUCCUUGGCCAGGCCCAGGACUGCUUCUGUGGCCUUGGCUUUGGUGAGCUUGCCCAUCUCCGUGGUUGCACUGGGGCUACACAGAGCUGUAAGUGGGACUGUCCCGGGCCUGAUGGACCAGAGGGCAGGGGACACCCUCCCAAGGGUCUGCAUUUCCUCCCGCGCGCUGCCUCUGUGCCAUGUGGCAUCGGAGGGACUCCCACAGGCUGGCUACGUGUCCCCUGCCUCCUGUGGGUCAUUUCUCCGUCAGGUGUGCCUGAGGUCUGGUCUGUUCCCUUCCACCCCUUCUCUUAAAUACAUAAAAGCAGUGAACCACUCUGGCACUUGGUAGACACGCUGUCCUCAGUGGACGGGUUGUUCAUUUCUUUUUGUUUACAUGGGUAGAAUUGAUGGAUCCUGAGGGGGCUGCAGGUGGCAGGCUGUUGUCCUUUGGUUGCCUUGGUCGAAAGGCAGCCAAAUGAAUGUACAAUUUUUGGCCAUGGAGGGACAGGCAGAAUAUGCCCUUCCCUGUCGGUUUUCCUUAAGAAAAGCAACACCAGCUUGUAGAAGCUAUGGGCAAGCUGUGGUCCAGGUUUCCUCGUAGGGAAAGCGGGGGACGGUGCUUUGGCUUAAUCAUCAGCCAUCAUCCCUUUAUAAAUUAGUUAGGAUAGCUGAGGAUUAAGGAACUCAUUGGUUACGUUCUGGUUACUAAUGUCACUGAAGCCUGUAAUUUGUGUUUAUAAUUUGUUGCUUUUCAUAUUCGUAAUUUUAUGACAUUCAAAGUUUUUCUCUUUCUCUUCUAAUUUUCUGCACAAUGCUUUCUUUUCUUUGUUUUUAAUUCCAUACAGAGUAUUCAAUUCCUGCAAACACAUUAAAGUAAUUUGCCUGCUAGGGUAUGGUUUAUUUUAUAAUUACA